AGGCGGCAGCUCCUGUAGAUAAGGCUGGACGGAGUAAUUCGUGUGCCACUUGUCCGCAAAAAGAUUUCUUCCAGUAUUCGCUUUCAGCGCUCCCUCCCCUAACUCUAUUUCCUUCAUCUUUUACAAGUGACUUGCAGUUGUACUUGCAGAAACCCUGCAGUUCUCUGUACCUAUUUCAAGUAAACACGUUUCCUGAAGCUGCUGGGAUAACGCCGUUUUUGCUCAAAUCACAGCAAACUUUUCAUUUUGGUUUCUAUUUCCAGCUCAAGGUCUGUGCAUGUGUGCUGAUUUUCCAAUGAAGUACAUCCUGGUAACUGGUGGUGUCAUUUCGGGCAUUGGCAAAGGGAUCAUUGCAAGCAGCAUUGGCACCAUUCUGAAGUCCUGUGGUCUACGUGUCACUGCAAUCAAAAUUGAUCCUUACAUAAACAUAGAUGCUGGAACCUUUUCACCAUAUGAACAUGGUGAAGUUUUUGUAUUAAAUGACGGUGGAGAAGUUGACUUAGAUUUGGGAAAUUAUGAGAGAUUUUUGGACAUCAGUCUCUAUAAAGAUAACAAUAUCACCACUGGAAAGAUAUAUCAGCAUGUCAUUAAUAAAGAAAGACAUGGUGAUUAUCUAGGAAAAACCGUUCAAGUUGUUCCACACAUUACUGAUGCAGUUCAGGAAUGGGUAAUGAAUCAGGCAAAAGUUCCUGUGGAUGAUGACAAAAAAGAGCCACAGAUCUGUGUAAUUGAGCUGGGUGGAACCAUUGGAGAUAUUGAAGGAAUGCCAUUUGUUGAAGCAUUUAGACAGUUUCAGUUCAAAGCAAAAAGAGAAAACUUCUGUAAUAUCCAUGUUAGCCUAGUACCACAGCCCAAUGCUACUGGUGAACAGAAGACAAAACCAACACAGAACAGUGUUCGAGCACUGAGGGGUCUAGGCUUGUCUCCAGAUUUGAUAGUCUGCAGAAGUGCAAAACCUAUAGAAAUGGCUGUGAAGGAGAAGAUUUCCAUGUUUUGUCAUGUGGAGCCUGAGCAGGUCAUAUUUAUUCAUGAUGUUUCUUCUACUUACCGAGUACCUAUCCUAUUGGAAGAGCAAGGCAUAAUUAAGUAUUUUAAACAGAGGCUAAAUUUGCCUAUUGAUGACCAGCCAAGUGAUCUUCUAAUGAAGUGGAAGAAAAUGGCUUGCAGAUACGAAAGGUUGCUGAAGGUGUGUUCCAUAGCUCUUGUGGGCAAGUACACCAAGCUAAGUGACUGCUAUGCAUCUGUUUUCAAAGCUCUGGAACACUCUGCACUGGCAAUUAAUUACAAACUGGAUUUAAUGUACAUAGAUUCAACAGAACUCGAACGUUCUACGGAAGCAGAGAACUCAGUCAAAUAUCACCAGGCAUGGCACAAACUGUGCAAAGCAGAUGGCAUUCUGGUCCCAGGAGGUUUUGGAAUUAGGGGAACAGAAGGCAAACUCCAAGCUAUCUCCUGGGCAAGAACAAAGAAAAAACCUUUUCUUGGAGUUUGCCUGGGAAUGCAGUUAGCAGUUGUGGAAUUUGCAAGAAACUGUUUGAAUUGGGAAGAUGCAAAUUCUACAGAAUUUGACCCAGACACAAAAAACCCAGUUGUUAUUGACAUGCCAGAACACAAUCCUGGAGAUAUGGGAGGAACAAUGAGACUGGGGAAGAGGAGGACUGUUUUUAAAACUGAAAAUUCUGUUUUAAGGAAGCUUUAUGGUGAUGAAAUGUUUGUAGAGGAGCGACACAGGCAUCGAUAUGAGGUGAACCCAGAAUUGACUCACUGCUUUGAAGAGAAAGGUUUGAAAUUUGUUGGCCAUGAUACAGAAGGGAACAGGAUGGAAAUUAUUGAACUGGAGAAUCACCCAUAUUUUGUGGGAGUUCAGUUCCACCCAGAAUUUUCCUCAAGACCUAUGAAACCUUCACCUCCAUACCUUGGACUGUUGCUAGCAGCAACUGGGACACUGAAUGCAUACCUGCAGCGUGGCUGUAAAUUGUCUCCAAGAAAAAAUGACAGCUACAGUGACCUAAGUGAUGACAGCUCUCCAGAAAAAGAGUUUCCUUAUUCUGACACAAGCUGAAAUGAUUAUAUGAGAGCACAGAAAUGGAUGAUGCUAUUGAGAAACUUGGGAACAUGACAAUAUUGAAUAGAAGAAAGUAGAAGAGUAAGCUGCUUGCAGUUCUCAUACUGUUUCUUCUCUACUAUGUUCAAUAAUUCUCAUUAGAGAUGACAGUUUUACUGUUCUGUAGCAAAAAUUGUUCUGUGUAAAUGCUGUUUCAAAAGUUACCAAACAAUUCUGCACCUUAGCUGUUAAUCAUUAUUAUCCUGUCAUAUAUUUCAGAGUGAUCUCAGGUGAAUAUGUAUCAGUUCACUAGUUCACAGCUUUCUUGAUUUGAAGGAAGAUUUGACUGGUUUCAGUUUGCCUUGGAACAGGAAGAAAAAUGCAUUAAUUCUUGGGAAUGAAGCGGGGGACGCACUAAAGCAUUUAAGAGAAAAUUGUCUUUCUCUUGAGCAGCAGAAAAGCAUUUCAGGUUUUUUUCCUAUUAAGCUUGUAUAUAUAUUUUUUAUUACUUUUUUGCUGUUCAAUAUGUACAAAUGAAAAAUGGUUGCUGUAUCUCAGCUGUAUGUGAUUAUAGUAAUUAAUGUUGGAUACAAGUUUUUUCACUUUGCUUUUACAAGCAAUUUGAUUUCACAUAAAUUCAUUUGCUGUAUUUCUCCUGGAAGACUGAUAAUGCUGAACAUAAUUCUAACCUACAAAAUUACAGAAGUGAUAUUAGAAGUGGUUUCAUAUUUGUAUUUUGUAAGAGAGAAAGUAAACACGGUCAUAUAUUAAACUCCAGUUUUAACACUUUUGUGAAAGUUGUAGGAAAACCAGUCAUAAACCUGGGGUGUUAUCUGGGCUCCAGCUGUGCCACACUCAGUUAGUUGCAGUAAAUAAGUGUGAAGCAAAUUAAGUAAGGUUCACCCUUGUCUUCCUGCAUCCUAUGAUCACUCCAUCAUCAUGGCACUUACUCCUGAAUAGAAUGGAAUGAAUGUUUUAAUUUAGAAAUCACAAGUUGUUCCACUGCAUCACAACACAGUCAAAGCCAGGACUGGAGCUUGAACCACGGAGACAGAAGAGGAAGGUGAGAGGUGCUGCUCUGGGUGUAGGGCAGCAUUAAGGUGUAAAGGGUGUAAGGAUCCUGUUAGCAGUGGGGCAUCACCAAACCUGUCACAGAAGGUGAACCUGAGCUAUGUAACUGAGGGGCUCCAGAUGCUUGGGGCACACUUUCUUAUAAAGAAAAAUUCUGAAUUUUGAGAGUUGGGUUUCAUUUUGGUUUUGGGUAAAAUGUCUUCUUUAAUUCAUCAAAAGUCAAUAUCCACACCAAAAUAAGAAGCACCAUGUUCCAUAUUACAACUUUGUAAAACAGCAAGUUUGAGAGCUGUGCAUUGCUCUAGAAAGUCUCAGGUUACACAGCAAAUUUUUCUUUUCACUAAAAGAAGCUUUAAUGGUAAUGAAACAUAAAAUGUAUUUUUAUGGCCACACUUUCCUAAAGUAGUUUGUGAAUAUGUGCCUUAGAAACACUGACAGCAGAAUUGGUGCCACUGAAUGUCUUCCCAAUGAGAGACACUGGCCACUGCUUUGUGAAAACUGAAGAAUUUCCUAAGAUUGUCUGUAACGUGCAAAUGUAUUUUCAAAACAUUUUCAAUAAAUUGUGUUAUUUGGAAGUGUUUGGGUACCUGCUAAAGAAUCCUGGUACCAAUUGUGAACUGUGAUGUUAAAGAAAGAAUUCAUCAUUUACAUGAAGCUGCACUUGUUUGUAAAGAAGGGGAGCAGCAUUCAAGUUUGGAUGGGACUGCAGGGUAGGUAUUGCACUUGACUGAUUCUGUGGACAGAGCUGUAUCUUACUGAGUGUCUCCAGUCUGGUAUUGCAUCUCAGCAGCGUGGGUUCCUGUUUCACUGUCAGCUUUACAGGGGAGCUCCUUUAGCACCUGCCUAACGUGCUUAACAUGUACUACCCCGAAGCUGAGGUUGCUUCCCCUUAUUUGACUGCUUGGAGACAUAACGUUCAUGUGCUAGUGUGUCACGUCUGCAGAGCUUGGAUCUAAGGAAGAGGAUUUGCUUGACCAAACAGACUAUUCCUCAUCAGGCAGUUCUCGUGGGAGGGAGGGCCAGAUGCUGCAUUAGGUUGCAGUUUUUCUGAAGCCAUAUUAAUAUCAGAGUGUGACUGUUGAUUCAGAGUAGUACCAAAAAGGCUUACUGUGACCUGAGAUUCAUGGGACUGGCAUACUUCUCUGGAAAUCCUGCAGAGGCAUCUCAGCCCUGGCUUUCCAGGAAGACACUGGAAGUGUUGAGCAAUACCUUAAAAGCAGAGGUUGAGUUCUCUGCAAGAACCUGUGUAAGCAGGAAUUGCAGCCCAAAGCUAAAGGAAGUUUUCAGGAAAAAAAAGACAGAUUGUCAACAAUUGUAAGGGCAGGCUCUUCCUGCCCAAAAAUCAUGUGGAGGAUGAUAAAGGAGAGUCAAGUAUAAGAGCAACAAAUGACUUCCCAACCUGGGCUAACCUCCUCAGGAGAGCUGUGUUACAGCUGCCACUGCACACAACUUUGCUAUCUGCAUAUGUGAGGUGACCAAAAUCUGCUGAGAAAGGGAGUGAGAUGGAGCAAGGGGCAAUCAGAAAAACAUUGCCCUUGGGAGAACAUGUGGCCUCUUCCAGCAUGCUGCAGAAACUCACUGAGCUUGACAGGGAAGUAAACAAAUUAUAUUGUUGUUUCUGUACCUAGGAGUGAAUAAUACCUCAUCCUUGCACACAAGUAGAAGGAGUCUUUUCACCUGAGAGAUCUGCAUGGGAGUUGUGGUGUAUUUCUGUGCCUCAGUAUUUUAUCCCAUACUGUGCUUAGUUUUUCCCUGAUAGCAAAGUGAAUUGGUAGCUGUUAGCUCUGAGAUAACUUCCAGACAACCUCUUUCUCUUAUCACUUCACCCUGUCCUCACUGUUGGCAUGGUUGGUACUUUGUUCAGGGAUUUCUGACAUUUUCUCAGGUGGCAGCCUGAGAAUUUGAUGACAUUGAACUUAGUAUCUCAGAUAUUUCUCCCUUUAUUUGGCACUAUCCAGAUGUUUCAGGUAUUCAGUUGUGUCUGAAUUGGUAACUGGCAUGUGCUAACAAGGUGAAAUGAAUUGAGAGCUCAUCUAAAAUAAUCACAUGAAAAGAGUCUGCAUAUGUUCUACUAUGCAGCAGGCUCAUAUUUGUAGGGCUCCCCUAAAAUGGCUCAGAAUAUUUACAUCUAUUAGAUGUCCAAAGAAAAUGUCUAUGUUGCCUCAGUUGGAAAUUCCUUCUGAAUAGCAAUUACAGAAAUGCUGUUUUUUCCAGUCUCUGGUUGAUUGUCUUGAUUUUAGCUGUAAAUAUUAACUUUUUUUUUUUAAUGUGAAUUAACUUUUCAUGGAACAUAGAAGUGGACCAGUUCUAUUGUUCUUUAUUCAUAUAAAAGUAAGUAAUCUUGAAUACUGUCUGGUUUCUUGCUCUCUAAAAUACCUCAUGGAUUGCAGGAUUUAACAUCCUGCUGUGACCUAGCUGACCUACUGCUGGAAUAAAGUCUAUUAAAAUGUCUUUCAUCUUGUAAAAAUUGUGUACUUUAAUCUUUAGACUUUGAUGAUUUGUUUGUAUAUGGAAUAUUUUCCCUGCUUGUAACAUCCUAAUUCAUUUGAAGAAAUUGGUUGCCUUAUUGGACUCCUGGUAACAUGCUCUCACAAAUUUGGAUCAGAGCCUAGAAAACCAGUUUUUCCUGAAGUGUGGACGACGUGUGUUUCAGGAAUGCUCCUGGAAUUGUAAGGCUAUCUUUUAUACAUCUAUGGACCCUCAGUUAAUAAUUUAAGAAAUUUAAAAGUUGGGAGAUGCUACUGAAGCUCACAGUAGCAUGUUUUGGAUAACUUAAGGACCAAGCCAAGUCUUGGAUUAAAGCAUAAUCCAAGACUCCAUAUAUUUAAAUGAAUAGUUAGGAUAGUCUGCUCUGAGUUUCUGCAUAACAUAUCCUCAUCCAAUAGCAGCUUCAAUAAUCCCUCAUUUCACAGAGUCAAUCUGAGCAAUAAAAAUAUGACCUCAGGUCUUUUUGUUUGAAUACUGCUUGUACUACCUUUGGAACAUGAUCCUCAUUGCCUAAGAAUAGAUUUGCAGUUUGGAGAAAUAGUGCAGAUUUGGAGCAAACCUUCUUACUACACGUGAUUGAUUUCUCACAGCAGCUGUUGUGCACCAGACCUCAGAUCCUUUUCAGGAAAUAAAAUUUGAAGAUUCAUUCUAAAACCUGGUGUUCAGUUCUGGACCCAACCAGGGAAGAACACUGCCACAGAAUGCCUUUUUAUGAAUGUUGUAUUCACCUUCCUAUCAGCCUUUUUGUUGUUGUUGUGAGGGGUUUGAUUCUAUUCCUGAUCGGUCCUGAUAGGUGUAGCUGCCAAACUGGGAAUCAGUCACUACCAUCUACUCAUUGUUACUAAUCAGCCAGAUGUAUCUGGAUCCCUGGUUUUGGGGGCUCAGUUGAGCAGUCUCACCCCUGGACAGCCUGAACAUCCCCAGAAUACAAAAUUCAUUCUUCUCUUGGGCCUCAACCCCAUUUUUGUGUUAGUCAAACCCUUUCUUGUUGAAGCCCAGGGGACCUGUCCCUGUGUGUCAUGUGGGUGCUUGGGUAAACAUCUCUGACUGCCCCUGCUGGGACCAGCUCCACACAAGACGCAGCAGCAGCAGAAUCUGUCAUCAUGAGUUGUCUUGUAGUGCCUCCCUCCCUGGAAAAAUAACAAACAGUUUCCCAGGGCACUCCCCCAGGAUGUAGGAGACCUGACCAGUUUCCUCCUAGGUUUCUGAAGCAGCCAGGCCCCCUCUCCUCUGGGGGCUGCCCACUCCUCCAGGUUAAAGCCAGUUCUCAGUACCAAUGUGCAUGGCUCUCCUAAUAUCAGGGCCAUCUGCCAAAAUCCCCACUGGUUCUGUAUUGGAAAAACAGCAAGGAAAUGAUUCUGCAGCUGAGGCAACAAGAGGUUCCUUGAGAGGGAGGGAGGAAGAGUGAUGCUGUUGAGUCAGGGACAGGAGGAAAAGACUCCAAGUCCUAGAAGGUGAAAAAGAGAGUUUAUUAUUAAGGAGUAGCAUCCUUACUAAGGUGAGACCUCAUUGAUUUCAAAGUAAAAACCUUUCACACUAUUGGUGAACUAUGAAUAGCAGCACACUGUAAUAGAGCAUAUCUAUAAACAUGAACAUGAACAGAAAGAGAGAUAAUAAUUGUUUAAAUUCUUUCUCUCUAAGUUUCCCAGGCCUGAAGCCUUGGAGAAUCCUGUGCUCUCUGUGGCUGAACUGAGAGCCUCCACAGGAGAGCACCUGAGCCCAUGUCUUUAGACUGUGUAUGAAUUUUAAACAGAUACUGAACAAAAGACAGAAACUGUAAUUGGAAAAGGAGCCAGAGCACAGGACUCCCAUUUGUUAAACCAGUGCCAUAAAAAAGAGACUUUCUGGUUUUGGGCAAGUAAGUCUUGAACCCUUUUCUCUGGAGUGGCACAGAUGAGCAGAACAGAGUGACAGCACCUCCCCUCUUUCUUGUCUCCCAUGGAUGGAAGUUGCUGCAUCAUUGCUUCAUCCAUCCAGUUUAUUGUCCCUGCUGGCUUGUAAGAGCCUGUUCCAGUUUGUGCUUCUGCUAGGCACAACCUCAGGCACUAGCUUAUUAUCUUUUCCUCUGCUGGAUAUGCUACUCAUCAUCUGUCCUACCCAGGAUUUUAAUAUAUUUUCUCCCAAAAAGGGAUAGAAGGAAGCCUGUACACAUAAAAGUAAACUGUUCUCAGCAUAGUUCCAAUACCUGGAAGAGCUUGAACUCUUUAUAACAUACCUGCUUAAUAAUAUGUCUUGGUUGAGUCUCUAGGUUUGAGAAAUUGAAAAGGCAUCCAAAAUUUUGAACAGUCAAAACAUUGACUUCUAAGGCGUGUGGCUGGCUAAUGUACUUCCCCUGUGUUUAGUCUUGGGAGCACAAUGUGCCACCUUUCACAAAAUUUGGACAGUACCAGUGUAUAGUUGAGUUUGAAGCAGGUUAACAAUUUAAAGAUGUUUCUGUGUAUGCUAUCUUACUGCCAAAAUUUUGUUUACAAACUUACAGGGAUAUCACUCUUGAGAGUGUCUCCUUUCAGUCCCACAUGAGCUUUAAGAAAGAAAGAUUUUGACCAACAAAGAUUUCUCUCCCAUUCACUGAAGGUACAGAGCUUUCCUGGCUACACGAAGUUAGAUAGCAGCGUAAUACUGUGAGCAGGAGAGAAUCACACCUCCUGAGGGGCAUGAACUAGGAGAUUUGCUACUCACAUAACUAAGUCAAUUAGGGAUGAGACUAUAAAUGUAAUGAUCUGCUCUUUACUCAGGGUAAUGCAGCUCUGACUGCUGGGGAACAGAGACUUGAUUGCUUGUUAAUAUGUGCAGUGUGUAGAAGAACUCCUGGGAUUGUUUUAUUUGAGACUUUUGACAGAAAGCUUACUAGGGUGGGUCAGAGGAAUCACACAAAGGUCAUGCUUGUGUGCUUUUUAUAUUAUUGCAGUGCUGCAAAUGUAGAAGUUCAACCAAGAUCAUAGCUUAAAAUAUGAAUGUAUAAAGUAAAAAGCUAGGUAAAAAUUAAAAUGUGCCAGUGGCAGUCCUCUGAAACAGCUUUUUCCAAGAUGAUUUGUUCAACAUCUGUUGGUCAUGUCAUUGUGUGAGAAGAAUAUGUGAGUGUGAAAAAGAUGAAAGACCCUUACCCAAUCUGUUCUGUUCUUUAACAGUAAGGAGUCUUAAUUUACAAGGCUGCUAAUUUAUGUUAUUUUUGUUUCUACUGUACAGGCUUAAAAAAUGCUGGUAAUAUUUGCUGUAGUGUUCAGGAACAUAACUUGAUAAAAGAAUGAGUGUCUGCUGCUGUCUAAAAUAAUACCAUCUGCUUUGCUUUGCACAUGGAUUAGCACUUUGACUGUGAAAUUAGAGGAGAAGCAAACUUGGUGGCAGAUGUAACUGUUUUCAUGAAAUUAAAAUACUUGUUUAGAAGUGUUUUGACAAGC